GCCGCUGAUUGGCCGGGCCUGCACCGCGGGGCGCCCGCAGACCGCUGCUCCAGCCCGGGACCCGCGCGGUGCCAGCGGCCCGGGGCUCCGAGCUGGAGGGACGCCCCGAGAGCAGCUCUCCGACCUCCGAUUGGACUCUUGAGGGAACCGAGACCCAGUCGGGGCGACAACUUGCCCGAGGUCGCUAUGGCAGAGUCAGGAUUGGAUAACCGUACGGUCUCCGGAUCCAAGGCUGGCUCCAGAUAGUAUGCCGAGAUGGGGUCUCACUAUGAGAAGGAAACACUUAUAAUGUUAAAUGAACAAAGCAGGAUUUGCAAACAAAAGAGAUAAGCGAACUCCAUGCUGCUUUUCAGGGACAACUUUGCUGAUGGCUGCCUUCCCAAUGUCCCCAGAGUGGUUGGUGACAACUCAGUAAUGACUCUUCCUUAAUGGUAUGAAGAGAGGAAUUGUAAGAUUAUGAGGAAACUUGCCACAAUCAUCCAAGAAUUUAAAAUACCCAUUUGAAGUCUGGGAAGUGGAGCCAGGAAGCACGUUGUGGAUGGGCACUCCUGGAAGAGAUAGCAUCUCCGUGUGCCUAGAAGGAGAAGAGCUUUGCAAUUCUUUUCUAUGAACCAUGUGACGAAGAUGUACCAAGAACUGCUUCUAUCAGUGAAGGAGACAGCCUGGUUUCAGAGGAAAUGCAUUUUAAAGUGAUUCUUUGCUUUUAGACAUUCAGCAAAAGAGUGCUGUGACGAGAACUGGGCAGAACAUCAGCUCAUCAGAAGCAGUGACAUCCAAGAGCCCGGAGGAGCCUGAAGAACAAUUGAGAGAAGCCUCCUUUGCCAACGCAUUGCCCACCAGGGCUGCACGUGGUACCCCUGCUCCAAGAUGCUUCCCAAAAACACCAGAAUGUCGAGGUCUUGGCGAGCAGGAGCAACACUUCAGAGCAAGACCAGGCAGGGACCGAAAUGCGCGUGAAGCUUCUGCAGGAGGAGAAUGAGAAGCUGCAGGGAAGAAGCGAAGAGCUGGAGCGGAGAGUUGCUCAGCUUCAAAGGCAGAUCGAGGACCUGAAAGGCGAUGAAGCCAAGGCGAAGGAAACGCUGAAGAAGUACGAGGGAGAAAUACGACAAUUAGAGGAGGCCCUUGUGCACGCCAGAAAGGAAGAAAAAGAAGCUGUGUCAGCCAGAAGGGCCCUGGAGAAUGAACUGGAGGCUGCUCAGGGAAAUCUGAGUCGGACUACCCAGGAGCAGAAGCAGUUGUCUGAGAAGCUCAAAGAGGAGAGUGAGCAGAAGGAGCAGCUAAGAAGGUUGAAGAACGAGAUGGAGAAUGAGCGGUGGCAUCUGGGCAAGACCAUUGAGAAACUGCAGAAGGAGAUGGCAGACAUUGUUGAGGCCUCCCGUACCUCAACCCUGGAGCUCCAGAACCAGCUGGAUGAGUACAAGGAGAAAAACCGCAGGGAGCUCGCAGAAAUGCAAAGACAGUUGAAGGAGAAAACCCUGGAGGCAGAAAAGUCCCGACUGACAGCCAUGAAAAUGCAGGAUGAGAUGCGUCUGAUGGAGGAAGAGUUACGGGACUACCAGAGAGCUCAGGAUGAAACACUCACAAAAAGGCAGCUUCUGGAGCAGACGCUGAAGGACCUGGAGUAUGAGCUGGAAGCCAAGAGUCACCUCAAAGAUGACUGCAGCAGACUGGUCAAGCAGAUGGAGGACAAGGUGUCUCAACUGGAGAUGGAACUGGAAGAAGAGAGAAACAACUCAGAUUUGCUGUCUGAGAGGAUCAGUAGGAGCAGGGAACAGAUGGAGCAGGUGAGGAAUGAGCUACUUCAGGAGAGAGCUGCGAGACAAGACUUGGAGUGCGACAAGAUUUCCCUGGAGAGGCAGAACAAGGACUUAAAGAGCCGGAUUAUCCACCUGGAAGGUUCCUACAGGUCCAGCAAAGAGGGGCUGGUUGUGCAGAUGGAGGCCAGGAUCGCGGAGCUGGAGGACCGCCUGGAGAGUGAGGAGCGGGAUCGGGCCAAUCUUCAGCUCAGCAACCGGCGGCUGGAGUGGAAAGUGAAGGAGCUGGUGAUGCAGGUGGAUGAUGAGCACCUGUCAUUGACUGAUCAGAAGGACCAGCUGAGCUUGCGUUUGAAAGCCAUGAAGCGGCAGGUGGAGGAGGCUGAGGAGGAAAUCGACAGACUGGAAAGUUCUAAAAAGAAGCUGCAGAGGGAGCUGGAGGAGCAGAUGGACAUGAAUGAACAUCUGCAGGGGCAGCUCAACUCCAUGAAGAAGGACUUAAGACUGAAGAAGCUGCCGAGUAAAGUGCUGGAUGACAUGGAUGACGACGAUGACCUCAGCAUGGAUGGGGGAAGCCUCUAUGAGGCGCCUGUGAGCUACACAUUCUCCAAGGACAGCACCGUCGCCAGCCAGAUCUGAGUGGUCUCCCGGGUUGUGGAAGUGCCUGUCAUUCCUGCAGGAGCUGCAGCCACCCAAAGUGGGAGGCAGGGAGGGGAGCAUCUGUCUGCCACUGAGACCUAUCACAGCCUCUUUGCACAGCAUGCCAGCUCCUCAGUGUUACGUUCCUCGCCAGGGUCUCUCAGUGGGUCUUCAACAGGGAGCUUUUGCAGUUUAAAAUGUUGGGAUGCCUGAGGACCAGGAGCCACCACCCACUGGGGUGUUGUGAGAGAUACACUUUGGUAGGCUGAGGCCCCUGUUCCACAGCCACUAUUUGCAUUGCUGUCCCUGCCCCCUCAUCACUCCCACUGCCAAGACAAAGGGUCCAGAAGGCUAGGACUUACUUAAUAGCACUGUGCAGGGAGGAAACCAUGUAUAGCUUGUACAUAUUUUAAACCAGACCUUCUCACGAACUGCUGCUGUUGGGUUUGGAAUGUGAUGGAGGCUUGGUAGGGUGGCUGGUUUGUAAAGUUCAUGCAUCUAUAUUGAGUAUUCUUUUUUUUUUUUUUUUUUUUUGAGAUGGAGUUUCAUUCUUGUUGCCCAGGCUGGAGUGCAAUGGCGCAACCUUCGCUCACUGCAACGUCUGCCUCCCUGGUUCAAGUGAUUCUCCUGCCUCAUCCUCCCAAGUAGCUGAGAUUACAGAUGACCGCCACCACUCCUGGCUAAUUUUUUGUAUUUAGUAGAGACGGGGUUUUGCCCUGUUGGUCAGGCUGGUCUUGAACUCCUGACCUCAGGUGAUCCACCUGCCUCAGCCUCCCAAAGUGCUGAGAUUACAGGCAUGAGCCACUGCGCCCAGCCAUUGAGUAUUCUUUUUUAAAAUAUGAAGCUAUUAGAUUUUAAGUGUUGAGGAGCGGAGGUGAGAAGAGAGAGAGAGAGAGAAAGUCAAAUAAAGUCAAAGACCAGUUUGGAAACCAAAGUUGGAAAAGAAGAAUUGUAGUGGUCAUGGACAGCUAAGACUGAGCAUAGCAGUUCACAUGGUCUGGGUAAACAAGUCACUGGCACAGGGGAAAGCCAGAAGGUUGCUUGUGUCUGUGACUGCAGCUAUGGCCUUGUUUCCUUAGUUUAUCUAGAAUUCUGUUAUAAUUUCUGAACUGUGCUGAGACCUGUUCCCAGUCACUGAUUGCAAUUUCUUUUACACAGGUUGGGUAGGGAGAGUUGUAGGUAAGGCCUUAAACAAAUGAGGCCGUUUCUGGAAGGAUAGGGCUGUGUGGUCAUGUCCCACAGCAAGCUUUUGGGAUCGGGGGAAUGAGAGGGUAUGGGGGAAAGGUUCAUAGACUUAGGUGUGAGAAUGAGGUGGGAGGUGUCUGGUAAGGUCAUGGGGGAAGGGAGAUGAGAGAGGAGAUAGGCAGAUGUGGGUAUGGGGCCCAGUGUGAGAAGGAAGACAGAGAAGUUAUUGAAAGCUGGGGGAUGUGUGGGCAAGAGGUGGAUUGAGCAGGAUCUCAGGAUUAUGUCGAGGAAGGGAAGAAAGAAACAGAAGUCAGGCAGAGGCGUGUCUGUGCAAACUGGAGGACUCCUUCCAACUUCCUGGAACAAAGCGACUUCGCCAGCAGCAGGCUGGCAGGGAGUGGUUGAGGUCUGGGGGCCAGGCCACAUGGCUGGAGAGGAAUUUCAGGGAGCAUAGCAUCGGGAGGAUGCUAGAUAUCCGGGGACUCCCUCCUGGCCUUCCUGUGUCACUUCACAAUGUGACAGUCCCCAGGCAUGCCCACAGGCCAGGCCCAGUCACAGCUGGGCUUCCGCAGGUCAGAAUAUGGGACAGGACAUGGUCAGCGAGAGGACCCUGUGAGUUGGUGACAUAUAUGUGGCAGAGAUGGUAGUGUUCAGCUGCUUCAGCAGUGUCCCCAACCAUCCCAAUAGGGUGGGGGCCUGUGGGCCAGAGGACUCCAUGACAGUUGCCAUGGAGUUCCACCUGCGCCAGGUCAGAGCCCACCCGGCAGGUUUCAGAGUGGUCAGCCCAGUUUAAGGGUGGGAGUCUGGAGCCAGACAGCCAAGCCCCUUCCACAUCUACAGGGUCACUGUCAUCCUCACCACAGCCAGGGGUGAUUCUCACCUCUGCCUGCUUAUGUGGGGUGUGGCCGAUUCCUCCCUUUAGUCAUUCAUUCAUUUAGCAAAUAUUUAUUGGGCAUCGGUGAUGUGUCAGGCACAGUCCUUGGCACACAGAAUACAGCAGUGAAUUAAACAGGCAAAAAUUCCUCCCCUCCUGGAGCUCAGUGUCAGGAAAGGGGGUGAUAAAUGACAAUCAAAUCGACAUGGAGGUUGAGCACCUCUGUACUCAGCCCUCAGUCUGUCCUUCUGAGGACGCAACAAGCCUGGUUCCCUAGAGCUCACUUUGACCCUCAAUAUGUUCAUAAUUUCCCUGCUGCUUCUCCCAUCGUUAGACAUCUGCCAGUAAGCCUGCUGAGAGAAGCCUCAGCCCACUCAUACCUAGAGACGCUGCUGGGGAAGGUCAGCACACCCAAGAACUUUGGGAGUGUGUGUCUGUUUUGGUUUGUGAGAAAGUAGCUGCCCCUCAUUCUGGCUAGUUCUUUCCAGUAGCCAUGGGGCUGGCUACAAGAAGCAAAACUGCCCAUGCAAAGAGAACACAGGUCACUUUUCAAAACACUUGCAUCAUUACCCUAAAAACAGGCUGUUAUGCGUUUUGACAAUUGCGCUAUCCUACACUCUGAGGGAGUUGGCAACGCAUGCGGUAUAGUGGAGUGGGAAGAGUUGAGACUGAAAGUUAAGAGAAGGGUUUUCAAGUCCCAGCUCAUCUCACCCCAGUGACCUUGACAGUGUGCUCACUCUCAGAGCCUCCAUGGAUUACCUGGAACAAAGUGCAGAUUAGGGCCCAUGGUCCUUUCCAGGUAUAACAUGCUAUCGUUCUUUAAUUUUAUUAUAUAUACAUACUUUUCUUCUGUUUUUUGCUUUAAGAACUAACCCCGAUCAAGAGUAUUUUCUUUAGCUAGCUUAAAAAGAAAACAUAUAUUUUAUGUAAAAACACAUACAUGGCCAAAUGCAAUACUGAAGAGACAAUCAUCCUGUAUCUUUUAUGGUUUUUCCUGCUUCUGAGUGUCGUUCUACAAUGCCCGUUGACUUAUUCCAUUGCGUCUCUGCUUUAGGGUAUGGUUUGGUUGCUUUGGGUUGUCAUGAGAAAGAGACAUUCUCCUUGCAGCUACCUCCAUGUAAGUGAAUUCCUGGAUAAAGCAAGAUUUCCUUUCAAUAAACGCUGUCACCCAAAAAAAAAAAUAAAAAUAAAAAUAAAAAUAAAUAAAAAAAAUAAAAAUAAAAAAUAAAUGAAGUAAAAAUUGCUUUUCUUGGCCUUGUUUCAUUUAUUUCUGACCUCAACUUUAUUACUUACUUAUUUCUAACAAUUUGGGGUUUGGUUUGUUUCUGUUUUUCUAGUUCCUUGAGGUGUGUCAUUAGGUUAUUGGAAAUCUUUCUUCUUUUUUGAUGUAGGUAUUUAUGGCUAUACACUUCCCCUUAGAACUGCUUUUGUUGUGUCCCAUUGGUUUUGAUACAGUGUGUUUCCACUCUUAUUUUUCCUCAAUAAAUUUUAAAAUUCCCUCUUUAAUUUCUUCAUUGACCUAGUGGUUAUUUGGGAGCAUGUUG